UUUCUUGGGGCUCUUUAGAUUUCCUUUUAAUUCUUUUCUUGUUGGUUCUUUAUGUUAAUGCUUUCGUUCUGAUUUGCGUAACUGUUUUAAUUUUAGUCGUAUCAAUUAAUUACAUUCAUUUCUUUAUUAAUUUCGAUGCAUCAAAUCCUUGGUUGAAUUGUGUAAUUCAAGUUUCUGUAACAGCCCAAUUAACGAAAGGACUGCCCUUUUUUUUUUAAUGCAUAUCUGAUUCUGGGUUUUAAGGAUGGGUCAUUUCUUGCUUUUGUUACAUUUUUUAUUUGGGUUUUGAUCGUUCUUGCUUGUAUGAAAUUGACAAUCUUUUCUCCACUUUAUAUGUAAGUUUAAUCGUUGCCGAUUUGUUGACAGCAAACUUUUGAUAUUGUUCCCCUUCGUUCAGCUUCUGAACGCGUAGUUCAUUAUAGUCUAGGUUUCAAAACUAGACAAAACAUAGAGUAUUUUGCAUAUUGGAGUUCCCCCCCUCUGCUUUAUACAUUCACUGUUUAGGUCACGGCUGUCGCUCUGAUUAACAGGUCAAAUUUUGAGAGUGAGAAUGGCUUCAGUUGAUAACGGGAACCCCAAAGAUGAAAUUGAGGAAUGUAAUGGUACUAAGGCCGGGGGUCAAAUUCCUCUUCAGAUUUCAGCAUCUAGAAGGACACUAUUAAGCAAUGAAAACUCACAGAGGAAGUCCCAAGACAGCUUAAUCUCCCUUCCCAGUGGAAUAAAUUUUCUCAAAUUUGGUUCUGCAUCUGCCAAAUUCAGACAGUUAGCGCAGGAAAGAGACGAGUUUUCACGUUCAGUGACUUCUUCAAGUAGCCACGGUUUUCGAGAACGUAUCAAUGGGGUUUUUGCACGAAAGAUUGAUUGGGCUUUGCUCAUGAAAAUGGGCAAAGAAUGGAUCUGGGACCCAAUGAACAUGGCCCUUUUUGUGUGGAUCAUCUGCGUUGCUAUCUCCGGCGCAAUUUUGUUCCUAGUCAUGACCGGGAUGUUGGACCAUGCACUACCAAAGAAGUCCCAGAGAGAUGUAUGGUUUGAAGUCAAUAAUCAAAUUCUAAAUGCACUAUUUACCCUCAUGUGUCUGUAUCAACAUCCAAAGCGAUUUUAUCACCUUGUGCUUCUCUGUAGAUGGAAUCCAAAAGACAUCUCUAGACUCAGAAAGAUUUACUGCAAGAAUGGGACUUAUAAGCCCCAUGAGUGGGCACAUAUGAUGGUGGUUGUGGCUCUACUCCAUCUUAACUGCUUUGCUCAAUAUGCACUUUGUGGUCUAAAUUUAGGAUAUAGGAGAUCAGGGAGACCAGCCUUAGGAGUUGGUGUAUGCAUUUCUGUUGCAAUAGCUGCACCUGCAAUUGCUGGUGUAUACUCCAUUCUUAGCCCUCUUGGGAAGGAUUAUGAGUCUGAAAUAGAUGAGGAAGCACAGGUGCAGAUUACCACUGGUGAAGGGCCAGAGAAGUUGAGGUCAAAAUCAUUAGCAAAGAGAUAUUCAUUUGCAGUCAGAGAUGAACAAAGAAUUGCUGAGACUAGACCACAGUGGAGUGGAGGGAUACUUGAUUUUUGGGAUGACAUUUCUUUAGCGUAUCUAUCACUUUUCUGCUCUUUUUGUGUCUUUGGGUGGAACAUGGAGAGACUCGGAUUUGGGAACAUGUAUGUUCACAUUUUAACUUUUCUCCUCUUUUGCCUGGCUCCUUUCUGGAUUUUCAACUUGGCUGCUGUUAAUAUUGAUAACGAGACUGUCAGGGAAGUGUUAGGUAUAACUGGAAUUAUUCUCUGUGCAUUUGGAUUACUGUACGGUGGCUUUUGGAGGAUUCAAAUGAGAAAGAGAUUCAAUUUGCCAGCUUACACAUUUUGUUUCGGUGAACCGGCAGUUUCUGAUUGCACUUUGUGGCUAUGCUGUUGCUGGUGCUCUCUUGCUCAGGAAGUCCGAACUGGGAAUUCUUACGAUAUUGUGGAAGAUAAAUUAUGUCAGAAGGAAAUGGACAGUAGUAACCAGAUGCCACAGUCACCUUUCUCCGGCAAAGAUGGUUCAAACCCAAGUUCUCCACUUGGCAACAACUCUAGCCCAUCCAGUGAUGUGAUAACUAAUUCUCCAAGUCCAAGCAUAAUUUCAAAGGGGCACGUGACUCCUGGUAAGCACCUUCCUAUGGUGAAAGAAGAGCCUUCCAGAGGAGGUAAGGAUGAGACUAUGACUCCUCCUGCUCCAUCAUUGAUAGAAAGAGAAGCCAAUUAGCUGGAAAAGAAAAUAUAUAUAAUUUUUAUUUUGUAAUUAGUCGACGAUGAAUGAGUUGUGAAAACUAUUACAUGUAUUCUGGGUGUAAUGCGUUGAAAUUCAAUUGAAAUCCCUCUCUUUUUUUUCA